GCCAGUCGCGAGUCCUUUGCCGCCACCACCACCAGUGGCGGCGCGCUGUGGCGGCCCUUUGGGCAGAGUGAGGAGCGCGCCGCAGCGAGUUUCAGGCUCGACAACUCGGUCGAGCGCCUCUCCUCGUCCCCGGACCCCCACUCCAAGCGUUUGGAGGAUGCUUGCCGCGCGCGGCGAGCUCAGAUGGCUGCGCAGGUCUGUGAGCACUUUGGCGACCGGACAAGGGAGAUGGUGGCAGAUGGCGAGGCGAAGUCGCAGAGCCGCUUCCGCACCUGGGCCUUGUCCUCCGAAGUCCCUGCCGAAGCCCGGGCCUGGAAGGAGAAGGUUCUCCCCUUCUUUGACGAUUUUGCCUCCACCUGUUCCUCCCUGUGCAAAUCCCAGCCCUUUUCUGAGGGCUACCGGGCCGCCGCUGAGAGUUUGGAGGCAAGCGUGCGACUGCCCAUCGUGA